AUGCUCCGUCGCCCACCAACAACGCUUACCCUCACCGCCGAAGAUGUCGCCGCGUACGAAGACCGCCGCUUCGCAGCCAUGCAAGCCCAAUCGCAAAACCAGACAAGCUCACGCGCGACCUCUCACCCGUUACAACCUCAACCUACCGCAAUGGACACUUCUUCUUCGUCCGCAACCCCGUCGCCACCACGAAUCGAAGACGACGAAGACAUGCAAGACGUGGACGUGGACGUGGACGCAGACGAAGCUGAUACAAGCGAUCCCUUCGUAAUGGCGCCCCGCCGCGCCGCCCGCGAACAAUUCAGCAGGCGCGAGCAGUCACCUGGCCAGGCACGCGCUGCAUACCUUCAGCAAAUGCGAGCAACACGGGGCCAACACACCACUCCAACCGCACCAGCCCCUUCGACACGAAUGCAGCGGAUCACGGGCACGAGCGGGAGCACAGGGCAGACAGGAAGGACGACGGGGACGGCUCGGUCAGCAACUAGCAGACAGGGAAGCACGGAGCCAACUACCGUGGCCCCGCCACAAGCACCGCGUAUGAUGACGCGGAGUAGAGAAGAGCGGAUAGGUAUUGCGGGAUCAACGGCGGGGACGGGGUCGAGACGGCGUUAG